UCGGUCUGCCUUGUCUUCGUGCAGGUUCCCAAGACCGUCAUAGAGGGUGUGAUUUCAUUAAAGUGCCCUGGAGUGCCACCGCUCCAGAGCUGCCAGCUGACCCCACUGGGGCUGACUGUCCAGUUACAGCGACCUGCUGCCUUCCAGCAAGUCUUGAGUUCCAUUGCUGAGUUCACAAAGCCUUCCCAGUCAGCCAGCGGGCAGAACAUCAUCCUCAGCUGCUCUCCGCUGCAGAACCGGAGAAGCCUCGACACGCUCAGCCUGAGCAGUCUGAGAGCCAUUCUAGUAGCCGACCACUUGGCUGAAGUCCUCAGAAUCCAGGGGAUGAAUGUCCACCUGGUUCCCGCUGUGCUGGAUGAAGGACUCCAGCCAUUCCUGCACCAGCUGAGAGUUGCCUGGCCCUCAGAGGUGGACGCAGCAUUCAUUACUGAGGAUGUUUUGACCUUGAAGCAAGUCCUGAGCCAGUGCCCUUACGCUACCGUCCCAGGACUGGAGCCAGGCCAGACCAGGCUGGCUGAUGAUGUAAUAUUUAAAGUGCAUUUGAAAAACUUCCUGGCGCAGCAGAGUUUGGAGGGCUACGACCCCAACCUGGAUGUGUGUCUCGUGACCGAGGAGAAAGUGCGACUGCUGGCCGAGCUGCGGCAUGUUGCCCUGCGCUGCACAGGCACAGGGCCGGGGAGCUGCUGCAGGGUGGUGCACGUGGUGAGCUGUGAGGGCGAGUUCCAGCAGCAGCAGGUGGACUUGCUCUGGAGGAUGCUGGACGUGGGAGCUCACACAGCCUUGCAGAAGCACCUCGUCUGUGGGCCAGUGAAGGCUGCUAACUCCCCCUGUCCUGUGGGGGCACCCCAGUACUUCCAGCUCCGGCGGUGCCAGAUGUACGACGCCUCGGUGGUGAAGUACGGAGACCUCGUUCAGGAUGACUCAUGGACCGAGAUCAUCGGCGUCUUGACGUCCGCUGCCAUCCGCUUUGAAAUGCUGAGCACAGCCCCCCACAGUCAGGUGAGCACAAGGAACCACACGGCCUUUCCUUCCUGGGCCUCAGAGGCAGUCCCCCAGUGCAUACCCAGCCUCCCCGCCCGCAUCAGAACUGAACUUCUCCCUGCUCAGAGACGAGGGCAUGCCCCCCCAGCUCUCUGCAGCCCUGGCCCCAUGUGGCAGAGGGCAGAGCUGAGAUGGGGAGGAACGGGAGGGCUCCCCACAGCCAGCAGGCGCCCCCGCGCUCACUCGCUGCCUCCUCUCUUCCAGGAGCCGCUGCCGCACUUGUUCAGCCAGAUGUUUGCUCGGCUGCAGCUGCUGAGAGGCCUGAGAGACGUGAUCCACAGGGCCCUGGCUACCCUCCCCCAGCCUGGCGGCAGGGCCGGGCCGGGGCUGUGCUAG